AUGGGUCAAGAGAACCGCCCAGAGUUCAAGAAGCUUGGCGUGAUUGGGGUGGGAAGCAUGGGUGGCAUGAUGUCCCUGCUAUAUGCUGAACAUGGAGUUGAGGUUCACUACUGCGACCCGAGGAUGAGUGAGGAAAACGUCAAGCAACUCCAAGAACACGCUGAAUCCAUCCAUGGUAGCAAUCGUAUUGAGCGCCAGAAAGACUACAAGGAGCUCUGCGAAAACAUUUUGUCACCAGACUCACCCAAGCUCUUCGUCUUCAGCAUACCUCACGGUCCCGUCGGGAACAAGACUGUUGAAAAAGGCCCUCGACCCCGAUGGUAUCCACUAUAUUGGCUGCGGUGUAAACGGCGGGUACCAAAGCGCCAGACACGGUCCCUCUAUGUCCCCCCCGGAGGCGAUGCCGAGACUCUGAAGAAGAUAAUCCCGUUCCUUGAGCGAGUAGCCGCGAAAGACAAGGAAAGACGCCCGUGUACAACGUGUAUUGGACCAGGAGGGAGUGGGCACUACGUGAAGAUGGUUCACAAUGGCAUUAAACAAGGCAUGAUGUCUGCCAUUGCCAAAGUCUGGUUUAUAAUGAACAGAUGCUUGAAGAUGGCAUAUGAAGCAAUUGCUGACACAUUCCAGUCGUGGAAUGAAAGUGACCCGCUCAGAGAUAACUUUCUGGCGGCAAUUGGCGCGGACAUCAAUCGCACCAAAGACCAGGAAGGACACUUCGUGCUGGCCAAUGUCCUCGACAAAGUCGUCCAAGACGUUGGUAACUCUGAAGGCACAGGCGUCUGGACCUGCGAUGAGACGGUUCGUCUACGCGUGCCCUCAUCCACCAUUUUCAGUGCACACUUGCUCCGACUUGAUUCGGCAGAUGCAGCCAAGCGCGAGAGAGUCAACAGGGCCUUCAAAGGCGGCGCAACACAACUGACAACCAUCAAGUUGGAGGGGCUUGGCAUCAUCAAAGCCAUGGAUCGCGAGCAAGACUGGAACCUCGAUUACCGAGCCAUCCUGCAGAUCUGGCAAGGCGGCUGCAUUAUCCAGAGUGACUACAUCUCGGACCUGCUCGACCGGGUCCUGUCAUCACGAUCUGACACUCAGUCUCCUAAGGGGAUCGCCGUCGACGACCUCCUCUCGCAAGACGACGUCGCCGCAGAGUGGGGGACUUGUUUCCCGUCGCUGAAGAACGUGGUCCUCAAAUCCCUCGCGGUCGAUGCCUACAUUCCAUAUCUCUCUGCCACGCUCGAGUACAUCACAUAUUCGGGCUCGACGGAGCUGCCCACGCAGUUCAUGGAGGCCGAGCUGGAUUACUUCGGCGCGCACAGCUUCGAUCUGAAGUCCGAGUGGCCCGGAAAGCCGCUCAAGGGAUCCCAUCACUACGAGUGGAAGCCGCCCAAAGGCAUAUUUGGCGAGAAGUUGGACGGGACGAAAUAA